AGUUUGAGAGGGAGGGAAUUAGAGACAGAGAAUGAGAGGGAGGUCCUGGAACCAGGCAAAAGCUGAGCCGGGAGGCACCCAGGACAGACCUGGCAAAACAGAAGUGGGGAGAAAGGGAGAAAUUCAGAAGAGACACAAAAAAUUGAAUAAGACAGAUUCAGAAAUACUCGGAUUAUGAUAAUAUAGGUUUAGGUAACAGGGAAGAGUCAUAGAUAGUGAGCAGGAAGAGACUCAGAAGCCAGUUGACAAAUCAGCAAAGCUCAAGAGAUGGGGGCAGGACUCACUCUCAAAGUAGCUUCUGUUCAAAUGGUUUGGUGAAGAUCCAGGCUAUGAGAGAGUGAGAAGAGCUGUUUGGGGAAUUAAGAAAAGCAGGUGCCAGUCACCUGGAAAGGAAGGUGAGGUGAGUGAAGGGCAAGAGAGCCAGGACUGAAGCAAGGGGUGGGGGACCAGAGAGGAGUUAGAAGGCCCCAUGAUUCUGGCUCUAAGGAUCUCCCCAUAAAGGGGGCCAUGGGACCCUUGGAACUCUGGAACCUCCUGCUGUUGCUGCUCUCCCCUACCCUGACCCUGACCCUGGGGGGGAAUCUACAGAGCCCAGCGCUGUCGGAGUGCUACCAGGUGAAUGGGGCAGACUACCGAGGCCGCCAGAACCGGACCGGACCCCGAGGCAGUGGUCGGCCCUGCCUUUUCUGGGACCAGACGCAACAGCAUAGCUACAGCAGCAGCAAGGAUCCCCAAGGCCGCUGGGGUCUGGGAGCGCACAACUUCUGCCGGAAUCCCGAUGGAGACGUACAGCCCUGGUGCUACGUUGCGGAGACAGAGGAGGGGAUCUACUGGCGAUACUGCGACAUCCCCACGUGCCACAUGCCGGGCUACUUAGGCUGUUUUGUGGAUUCCGGGGCUCCCCCAGCUUUGAGUGGCCCCAGUGGCACCUCCACCAAACUCACAGUACAGGUCUGCCUGCGCUUCUGUCGCAUGAAGGGAUAUCAGCUAGCUGGGGUAGAGGCCGGUUACGCUUGUUUCUGCGGCUCCGAGAGGGACCUGGCCCGGGGACGCCCAGCCCCGGCCACAGAUUGUGACCAGAUCUGCUUCGGCCACCCGGGACAGCUGUGCGGUGGAGAUGGGAGGCUGGGCAUCUAUGAAGUGUCCGUGGGUUCCUGCCAAGGGAAUUGGACUGCCCCGCAGGGUGUCAUCUACUCUCCGGAUUUCCCAGAUGAAUAUGGCCCAGACCGCAAUUGCAGUUGGAUUCUGGACCCUCCAGGGUCGGCCUUAGAGCUCACCUUCCGCCUUUUUGAGCUGGCCGACUCCAGAGACCGGCUGGAGCUUCGGGAGGCUGGCUCUGGCCGGUUACUGCAGGAUUUCGAUGGGACAAGGCCACCGCCUCCGGGACCCCUGCGCCUUCCUACAGCUGCCCUCCUGCUUACUUUCCACAGCGACCCCCGAGGCCAUGCGCAGGGUUUCGCCCUUACCUAUCGAGGAAUUUUGGAUUCUCUUGAGGACUUGGGAUCCCCUCAAAGCUUGGCCCAGACCUUGCCAGUGCCCAUGGAUGGAACUAACUGCAGCACUGGGCCUGGGGAUCCAGACCCUGGAAUAGGGGCUGGGGUCUUCUACUCCGUGACGGUGGUGUUCAUAUUGCUCCUCAUCCUCUUCUCCUUCUACCGCCUGCUUCGGAAACGGAGCUGUAUGCUGGCACCAGGGAAGGGGCUGAUGGGGCGACUACUGGUGCUGGGGCCUGUCAGGGGAGCUGGGAGAAGCUGGGUCGUCUGGUAUCGCCGGCCCCGUGGGGUAGCUGUCCCCAGUACCACUGGAGACCCCGCUCCUGAGGGUCCAGCUCUGGGCUACCGGCCCCUCAGUGCCUCCAGCCAGAGCUCUCUACGAUCCCUCAUCUCAGCACUCUGACCCAGACUGGCAAACCCACUCCAGCCCCGGAACUUUAGCUCCUAUCAAACUGUGGCAAACUGUCACAUCCUCUGAAAUCUGCCCAUUCCAGACCAAUCUAGGUUUCUUCACUGGCCCCUAUCUCCCAUCUCUUCUACUGAUUGGCCUAAAAUGGAAUCAGAAGACAACCAGGGGACAAACCCUGGACACCUGCUUCCCGACUUGUGAAUGGAAAAAGGCUGGGGUGGGGGGAAGAAAGAGAUAAAAUAGGAAGCAGUCAAACCAUCAGUCUUGUUGAUGGACCUCAGGAUGAUUAAGUCCAAAAGACACAAGAAAUACAGAACUGUGGACCCCUCUACUCAGCACUCCAGGACCAAGUGACAGCAGCUGACAGAUUCAGGGGCAAUCCCUAAAUGUGACAAGAUAUGUACUAAGUUGGGAGUAGGUCUGAGAUCCUGGAAAAUGGUGCCGUUUUCAGGAAUCUUCUUGAACCUGAUGAAGAGGUCACAGGUCAAGAAAAAGUGACCAAAGACCUGAUGUAUAGAUUUUGAAUAAAGGAACAUAUUUUUGUACUGA